AUGCUCAGUGUUCUAGCAGCUAUGGGCUUCAAAUUCCUCUCGCGUAGCACUCUCCGGGGCGAGAAAGCCACCCUAGGAACCUCCCUCGGCGCGUCCCUCACCCCAACAACCAUCCUCCGCCUUGUCCUGCGCUUCUUCCAAUUCGUCAUGGGCCUCACUGUCAUCGGACUCUACGCCGUGGACCUGGACAACGCGCGCAAGCAAGGGAAAUACGUCGACUCGAAAUGGGUGUGGGCUGUUGUAUGCGGCACACUCGGUGCGCUUUGCUCCCUCCUCGCCAUGCUACCGCUCAUCAAGGCGUGGUUCUUCUUCGCCGUCGAUGCGCUGGUUUUCCUGUGCUAUCUCGUUGCAUUUGGCAUAUUCGGCAAGAUGUUCAUUGGGGAGAACCCAGAAGGGAACAAGGGUAUCACCAGGAUGAAGAACGGGGUGUGGGUGCUACUGACGAACAUGCUGCUUUGGUUCAUCUCAGCUGUCAUUGGGGGUAUCAUGUUCUGGAAACACUUCAAGGCAAGGACUACGCAUACUGGCCGUGGCGCUAUGCACGUCUAA